AUCUCCUCAAACAUACUGGUUAAUAUAUGACCCUAGAUUAAGUGCGAUUCGUCGACACUCUCUUCAUUCACAAGUCUCAGUUGGCAAUCGACCAGAAAGCAUUCAAGAGCUGUAGUUCACCGCCCCGCUGCCUGCCACCAGUCAUGAACUCGCUGCUGUUCCUGUACCUGAACCUGAUCCGCGGCCCGCAGAUCGUGGCUGCCCGCCGCGAGAAGGAGGAGAAGGAGAAGCGCGCACAGCUCGAGGCAGACAUCGCAAGUGGCAAGGUGACGAAGAUGGCGAGCUGCAAGAAGUGCGACGCGCCGGUGGACCGCCUGUCGGUGCCUGUCGGUGUCACACCCACGUGUGUUGCAUGUCUGGCCAAGGAAGCAGAGGAGCUACGCGUGGCCAAGAUGCAGAUGCGAAGGGAAAUCAAGAUGUCGCCCUUCCUGUGGUUUCAGGUGUUCAUUAUGCUGCUGGGUCUCACCGUCUUCUUCCACCGCAACGUCAUGCCGCUGUUUUAAUUACGCUAGUAUCGUAGGAGGAGAGAAGGUCAAGCAGAUACCUGUCGCGACGUUUUGAUUUAAUGAAUGAGGUUCACAUAGUACAAGCUACUACGCACUCUGGCUGUAAAUGCCGGAUAUGUUUGCAAAGUGCAUCCACCAGUAAAAUUGCUACAGGACGCACCAUGUCGGUAUCUCCUUGGUGACC